AUGAACCGGGACAUGGAAACAGGCAGCACAAGAAGUUGUUGGAUUGUAGUCAACGUUCCAAAAACCCGCCGGACGUACUGCAAGUCCAAGGAGUGCCACAAGCACACCCAACACAAGGUCACCCAGUACAAGGCUGGCAAGGCCUCCUUGUUCGCCCAGGGUAAGCGUCGUUACGACCGCAAGCAGAGCGGUUACGGUGGUCAGACCAAGCCUGUCUUCCACAAGAAGGCCAAGACUACCAAGAAGAUCGUCCUGCGUCUUGAGUGCACUGCCUGCAAGACCAAGAAGCAGCUCGCUCUGAAGCGUUGCAAGCACUUCGAGUUGGGUGGUGACAAGAAGACCAAGGGUGCUGCUCUUGUUUUCUAA